UCAAGGCGAUGUUCCUUCGCCAGAUGCACCUAGUGUUCCUAGCGAAGCUUAUUAUUCUGGACAUGAUCAUUUUCGUUCAAGCAUUCUGAUAAAUAUCUUAUACGAUAACGACGACAACCAGAAUACGAAUGGAGAUAAUUUGAACAACGAUGAUAGAUCUAAUCAGAAUGAUAAUUCGAACAACGAUAUGCUUUUUAUAGCUGUUCAGCUUUUAACAGCGGCAACAACAGCGGCAGUAACAGUCUCAAAAGAGGCUGCAAUAGCAUUAUUAAUAUGUAACUUAGUAGCUAAGCCAACAGCUACUAAGUUAAAUAUUAAAAAUGUUAUCGCAGCCUCUUUUGAGAUUGUUACUGCCACUGUUGUUGCUACUAUUAGAAGCUGA